AUGCAGCUCAUCUCUGUCGUCACCGUCGCUCUCGCCGUCUUCGCCGGCGCCGCCUUCGCCAAUCAGGAGAAGACCGACGUCAAAGCCAUUGGCAAUACGCAAACCCCGCCGCCUCCUGCCAUCCGAAAGAAGACGACCAGCACCGCAUUUUCAGACGCCACCACACCCAUACAUUCAGCCCAAACUAUCUACCCUGUCAUUGAAGUAUAG